GUACGCCUGGUUGGAUUUGUCAUAUGAGCGUCGAGCUCAGGGUAAUGGACUGGAAUAAUGCCUGAAUCGGGAAUCUGUAUCGCAUUUAACUGGGGCCUAGCAUCCUGCCCCUCGCGUGUAAGCGGCGCAAGAUUGCGUGCUGAGUACGUGAUACACCACAUGCAAAUCCAUGCGUUGGCCCGUCCGCUGCAUCGGCUUCACGAAAAAGAAGCCAGUAAGUCCAGCGCGGACAUUAACGUUAGGUAUAGUUGCUCGGGUCUUCCAUAUAUAACCUUCAAGCUUGAGACCCGGGCUCUGCUUGAGGGUUGCCAAGAUAUCUUAUGUACUCCAGCCUUGUCACACGCGUCUGCGCAUGUAUCUUCUACGGUAUCCCAGUAAGUCGGGUUUGCCUCCGUGCAGUGUGCUGUGCUAAUCUGCUCAUGCGACUUGAGUCAUGCGCCAGCCAAAGCCGGCGACCUCAGGCAGUAGGACGUGACACCACUUCAUAAGCAUCACUGUUCUGCCCGGAAAGUCCAAGACUCGAGA